AUUGAGCAGCAUUAUCAGCUCAGAGAUCUACAGUUUAAUACCUUUCCUCCCUCGCGUACAACGUCCACCUGUUCUAAUUUGGAAGCAGGGGGAAAAUCGCAUACGUCAUUGAUGCAAAUGCUCUAAAAUCAGUUGACAAGAAAAUGAUGUCCAUUUUCUAUAGAACGUGUUGUGAGGUUCACAGCAAAUAUAACUGGCUGGUUUUCAAGUAGAGAGUAACAAAGAUAGCAGUCUCGGAGAGGAAUAUGUUACCAUACGGCAUCUUCCUUCUUCUUUUCAUUACACCUGGACUCGGCGAUGAUCCAGAUGAGUUAAAAGAAGGAUAUGACGAUUAUUUCCAGUGUCUUCUAGAUUGCUUUGGAGACCUGAAAGGAGUCCGUUCUAUCGAUGGAGAACUUUGCGAUGCUACUGUGGUGGUAAAUGCGAACAAAAAGCAAGCGUUGACCAUCGAAGAUGUUGCAAGUGUUUUGCAGUGCUUAGCAGCCAUAUGUCAGCUAUCAGAAGACGAUUGCGAUGACUAUUAUUACAAUGGCUCCUACUACGACGACUAUUAUAACAAUUGCUUAGAAUACCUGUAUAACGUACUAGAUUACUACUAUGAUGGCUCGGAAUACAAUUAUGAUGACUGUUAUUACAAUUAUUAUUGCUGUGCUUAUUACUACAGCGAUUAUUAUUGCGGUGACUUAAAAUAUGACUGUAACUGGGACUUAAAUUAUUAUAAUCCAGAUUAUUAUAAUUAUAAUGAUCAGAGUGAAGAAUUUAUUGUUAUUUCUAAUCCUGAAACAGACGAUAUAAAGUUCGAAAGUAAUGUGAAUAAAUCAGAUGCAUCAUCCUUCGCAUCAACUGCUAUCACAGCUAGCCUAAAACGUGCAAGCGAUAAUAGAGUAAAGAUUGUAACAGUGUCUCAAAAUUCGGAUGUAUAUCAAAACAACAAAAUUUUUCCCUAUUUAGUUAAAAAUAAAAUUCCCGAAACCGUUAUAUUAGAUGAAAACAUUUCAAACAACAAUGAUGAAAAAAACGAACAGGGUAAACUGCUUUCUGAGAAUCUCACUGUAAAUAAAAAUACUAAUUUUAAAAAUAAAAACCACUCAACCAUACUUAAUUUAUUUGUUUCUCAAGGUGAUUCAGAAUCUUUAGUUAAAAGUCAAAAUACUAUAUCAGAUUCAGCAGACGAAACUAAUAAUAACUAUGAAAAUAUCGGAGUUAAUUCGUUUUUUCAGUCUUACAAUGGAAAACAAAACACGAACGUAAAAAAUGGACAUAUACAAUCAACUUCAAAACCAUCUCUUUCUCAAGGCAAAGCAGAAAAUAAAAGCGGUUCUCAAAACAUAGGGCACAAUAUUUUUUCUCAACUUUAUCCUGUAAAUCAAAACAUUAACUUAGAUAAUGAAUGCGAGAAAAUCAUUCAGAAUGUACCUUUUUCUCGAACCGAAAGUAGGCUUAAUUACGAUCAUCAAAAUACAGUGGUUGAUUCGUUUCCUCAGUAUCAUGCCAUAAAUCAAAACAGUAUCUUAAAAAGUCAAUAUCAUGAACCAAUUUCAAAUCCACCUUACUCUCGAGACGCACCCUUAUCUCAAGGAGAAGGCUGGAAUAAUAAUGGUUAUAAAAAUAGGGGGAUUGACUCGUUUCCUCAGCCAUACAUUGUAAAUCGAAAAACUAAAUUAAGUAUUGAAUAUCAAAAAUCUAUUCCAAAUCCACUUUAUUCUCAAGAAGACGGAUGGAAUAAUAACAGGUAUCAAAAUAUAGAGAUUGAUCCGUAUCAUCAGUCUUACGCUAUAAACCAAAACACUAAACUAAAUAAUGAAUAUCAGGUACCUGUCCUAAACCCACCUUAUUCUCAAGAAAAUAGUUGGAGUAAUAACGGUUAUCAAAAUGCAGAGAUUGACUCGUUUCCUAAGGCUUACGCUAUAAAUGAAAAAAACUGUAUUAAAUAAUGAAUAUCAGAAAACCAUUCCAAAUUUAGUUCAUUCGCAAGGAGAAAGUUUAAAUAAUAAAGAUCAUGAAAACACAGAGACUGAUUCAUUUCCUCAUCCUUACGCUAUAAAUAUAAACACUAAACUAAAUAAUAAAUAUCAGGUAUCUGUCCUAAACCCACCUAUUUCUCAAGAAGAUAGCUGGAAUAGUAACGGUUAUCAGAAUGUAGAGAUUGAUUCUUUUCCUCAGGCUUACACUAUAAAUGAAGACACUGUACUAAAUAAUGAAUAUCAGGAACAUAUUCCGAAUUCACCCCAUUCUCAAGGAGAAAGUUUGAAUAAUAAAGGUAAUCAAAACAUAGGGACUAAUUCGUUUCCGCAGCCUUACGCUGUAAACCGAAACACUAAACUAAAUAACGAAUAUCAGGUACCUGUCCUAAGCCCACCUAAUUCUCAAGAAGGUAGCUGGAGUAGUAACGGUUAUAAGAAAGUAGAGACUGUUUCGUUUCCUCAGGCUUAUACUAUAAAUGAAGACACUGUACUAAAUAAUAAAUAUCAGGAACCUAUCCUAAACCCGCUCUAUUCUCAAGAAGACGGUCGGAAUAAUAACGCGUUUCAAAAGACAGGGAUUGAUUCAUUUCCUCAGCCUUACUCUAUAAAUCAAAACACUAAACUAAAUUAUGACUAUCUGGAACCUAUCCGAAACCUACCUUUUUCUCAAGAAGACGGAUGGAAUAAUAACGUGUAUCAAAAAAUAGGGAUUGAUUCAUUUCCUCAGAUUUACGCUAUAAAUCAAAACGCUAAACUAAAUGAUGAAUAUCAUGAACCUAUCCUAGACCCAUCUUAUUCGCAAGUAGACGGCUGGAGUAAUAACGGGAGUCAAAAUGCAGAAAUUGAUUCGUUUCCUCACUCAUACACUGUAAACCAAAACACUAAACUAAAUAAUGAAUAUCAGGAACCUAUUCCAAAUCCAUCUUAUUCUCAAGGAAAAAGUUUUAAUAAUGAAGGUUAUAAUAACACAAGGACUGAUUUGUUUCCUCAGCCUUACAGUCAAAUCUCUAAACUAAAUAAUGAAUAUCAGGAACGUAUCUUAAACUCACCAUAUUCUCGAACCUAUCUUGAACCCCCAUAUUCUAAAACUUAUUAUAAACCCCCAUAUUCAAAGACGCUUUUGAUAAUAACGGGUAUCAAGACACGGGGAUUGAUUCCUUUCCUCAGCCAUACGCUGUAAAUCAAAACACUAAUUUAAAUAACGAUUAUCAGAAACCUAUUCUGAAUCCAUCUUAUCCUCAAGGAGAAAGUUUUAAUAAUGAAGGUUAUGAUAACACAAGGAGUGAUUUGUUUCCUCAGCCUUACGCUGUAAAUCAAAUCUCUAAACUAAAUAAUGAAUAUCAGGAACCUAUCCUAAACCCACCAUAUUCUCGAACCUAUCGUAAGCCCCCAUAUUCUUAAACUUAUCCUAAACCCCCAUAUUCCCAAACUUAUCCUAAACCCACCAUAUUCAAAGACGCUUUUAAUAAUAACGAGUAUCAAGAAAAGGGGAUUGAUUCCUUUCCUCAGCCAUACUCUGUAAAUCGAAACUCUAAUUUAAAUAAUGAAUAUCAGGAACCUAUUCUGAAUCCACCUUAUCCUCAAGAUGAAAGUUUGAAUAAUAAAGUUUAUCAAAACACAGACAGUGAUUCAUUUUUUCAGCCGGAUGCUGUAAAUCAAAACAUUGACUUAUAUAAUAAGUACCAGGAAGCCGUCCAAUAUCCACCUUAUUCUCAAGAAGAUCGUUGGGAUAAUAACGGAUAUCAAACCGCAGGUGAUAAUACGUUUCCUCAGCUUUAUGCUAUAAAUCAAAACACUAAUUUAAAUAAUGAAUAUCAGGAACCUUUACAAAAUUCUCCUUAUUCUCAAAACGAAGAUUGAAAUAAUAACGGUUAUCAAAACACACAUCAAAACAUUAAUUUAAAUGAUGAAUACCAGGAAUUUAUUUAUUCCAAUUCCAGCCUAUUUUUAAGGAGGAAGUUUGAAUAAUAAAGGUUAUCCGAACAGAUUUCAUUUUUUUCAGCCUCACACUAUAAGUCAAAACAUGAAAUUAAAUAAUGAAUAUCAGAAACCUACUCCAAAUCCACUUUAUUCUUGAUAAGACGGUUGGAAUAACAAUGGUUAUCAAAAUACAAGAAUUGAUGGAUUCCCCAGCCUUACUCAAGAAAAAAUUAAUUUAACCAAGGCAGGUAACUUCUUCCAAAUGUCUUUUAUUCUGAAGGUAAAGUUGGAGAUGUUAAUGGUUUUGAAAAUACAUAAAUUGUUUCGUUUCCUUAGGUUGUAAACCAAAAUACUAACUUAAAUAGCGAAUAUCAAAAGCCUUUUCCGAAUUCAACUUUUUCUCAAGGCAAAAGUGAUAAAUAUGGUUUUAAAAUCACAGAUAUUAAUUAGUAUUUUCAGCUUAACUUAUGAAACGAAGCACCAACUUAUAUUUCAAAUGCAUAAAUCUAUUCCACAUCCAUUUUUUUUCUAAAAAGGAAGGUGGAAAUAGUAAUGGGUGUGAAAACAGAGUGGUUGAUUCAUUUCAUCGUAUCAUGCUGUAAAGCUAAGCAUAAACUUAAUUGUUGACAAGGAAAACUGACAACUGAAUCCACUUUUUCUCGAGGUGAAGCUGGAGAUCAUAAUGGUGAUAAAAAUACCAGAGUUGGUUCAGUUCUUUCAUUUUAAAAUGUAAACCAGAAUUAUAACAUUAUUAUUAUCACAUUAAGUUAUUAUUACCAAUAAUUAAUAAUAAAUAGUAAUGGGUGUGAAAACAGAGUGGUUAAUUCAUUUCAUAGUAUCAUGCUGUAAAGCUAAGAAUAAACUUAAUUGUUGACAAGGAAAACUGACAACUGAAUCCACUUUUUCUCGAGGUGAAGCUGGAGAUCAUAAUGGUGAUAAAAAUACCACAGUUGGUUCAGUUCUUUCAUUUUAAAAUGUAAACCAGAAUUAUAACAUUAUUAUUAUCACAUUAAGUUAUUAUUACCAAUAAUUACCAAUAUCUCAAUCAAAUUAAUUCCUUUGCUCAUCGCCUUUCUGCAAACCGAAACUUUGAUGUGAAUGAUACAUAUUCCCUCCCCAAUUCAAACCCUCCAUUUCCUUUAAACUAAAAUUAUCUGAAUUCUUUCAAUUUAGCUGCAAUACAGAAGCAGCUUCAAAAACCGGUAUACAAAGGAGAAUUAAUAGCAAUUUAUUUAGACACAGAGAUUUCCACGCCCUUAUCCUAUUCCAAUUUAAAAUAAAAUCCUAUUUAACGGUAUAAACUCUACGUUGUACAACCAUAAUGAAUUAGCUAUACCAAAUAAACCUUCUUUUAUUAGCAAUUCGUGUUACAAUCAAAGUUUCCACAGAAUUAUGAGAUACUUGAAUUCAUUCUACUGUGAACAAUGCAGGCGGCAUUCCUUUUGAUUCAAGACAGAAGAAAAAAUGAUGAACUGAAAUCUGAAAACAUGCCAAAUAUAACAUGUAUUUAAGAAUUCUAACAAUUCUUUUGCAACUGUAAUGAAAUAUUUUUCUGAAUAAAAUACGUUGUACUGAUAA